UCCACGCGUGCGCUUGGCUGGUAUUGUUACGUGAAGAGACAUUCGAUAUCAGGGAUAGGAAAGAGAGAAAGAGAUAGGUUUGGAAGGGACUGAGACGCUUAAGAGUGAAAGCGUGGUUUGGGAUUACGAAGGUUGGAACGACGGAAUUCGACUACUUCCUAUUCAAAAUUCCCAACCCCUUUUCCAACGGAGUUGACUGGACCGGUUUUGAAGGUCGAAGACAGAGAGGAACAUCUACAGACCAGAUCGAGCAUAUUUUCUACGAUUGACGGCUUGCGCAAUCAUUACUUCUCGCCCACCUCUGGGCAUCAUGGAGCUCCUCAUCAGCACAGCAAGACACCUCCUCUCCUCUCCGCUCCUCCUCGUAGGCUCAAUAUUCGGCGCCCUCUUCCUAUACCUCCUCCUCCUCUCCCUCUACCGCCUAACCCUCCACCCCCUCGCCCGCUACCCGGGCCCCCGCCUCGCCGCCCUCACAGACAUCUACCUCGCCUACCACGCCUACCGCGGGGACCGCCACCUAUGCUACCACGCGGCGCACCAAAAGUACGGGCCCGUCGUGCGCAUCGGCCCCAACAGCCUUAGCUUCAACACCUCCUCCGCCCUCAAGACCAUCUACAUGCCUAGAGCGAAUGUGCGCAAAGCAGACUUUUAUACCGCUUUCCCGGCCAACAAGCACACGUACAAUGUCCACAGCAGCAUCGACAAGAUGGCGCACGCGCGGAAGCGCCGGGUGCUGUCCCACGCCUUCUCCGACGCAGCCAUCAAGUCCCUUGAGAAAUACAUUUUGGCAAACGUGCGCACGGGAUGCCGUCUCCUGGGCGAGAAGAAGUCGGAUAGGAAGAUGAUUACGGAGGGGAGGAGGGAAGACGAGAAGAAGAAGACUACUGCUGGAGGGGAUGGGGACGAUGAGGAGGGGUGGGCGGAUGUGUGGAAUGCGGCGAAUUGGGCGAAUUGGCUCGUGUUUGAUAUCAUGGGGGAUUUGGUGUUUGGCAAGGCGUUUGGCAUGUUGGAGGGUCCGGCGAAUCGGUUCGCGGUCGAGUUGGUGGGGAAUGCGGCGCAUAGGCAUUUGAUUUGCGGCACAUACCUCCCCCUCCACACGCUCCACCUCGACAAACUCCUCUUCCACCACAUCGCCUCGCAACGCGCGCAAUACAUGGCCUACUCCAAAUCGCAAGCCCUCGAACGCACCCGCCUGGGUCUCGACGUCGACCGCAGGGACUUCUUCUACCACCUCCUGCAAGCGCGCGACCCAGAAACCGGCGCGGGCUUCUCCAUGAACGAACUCUGGGGCGAAUCCAACCUCCUCAUCAUCGCCGGCUCCGACACCACCUCCACCGCCCUCGCAGGAACACUCUUCUACCUCGUGCACAACGCCGGCGUCCUGCGCCGCCUGACGGCCGAAAUCCGCAACGCGUUCGACGAUGUCGAGGAGAUUGUGUCCGGGCCCAAAUUAUCCAAUUGCGUCUUCCUCCGCGCUUGCAUCGACGAGACGCUCCGCAUGUCCCCCCCCGUCGCGGGCGCCCUGCCGCGCCGCGUGCUCCCCGGCGGUAUAACCAUAGAUGGGCACUUUAUCCCCGAGGGCAUCGACGUCGGCGUCCCGCACUACAGCAUCCACCACAACGCGUUGUACUACCCGGACCCGGACGCCUACCGCCCGGAGCGCUGGCUGCCGGAUCCCGAAUCCAAUCCGUUGGUUUCGCACGUACAAGCUGCGCGAGAGGCGUUUUGCCCGUUUAGUAUCGGUUUGAGGGGAUGUAUUGGGAAGGGGUUGGCGUAUGUGGAGUUGAGUGUCGCCAUUGCGAGGGUGCUUUACGAGUACGAUGUUAGGCUUGCGCCGGGGACGAAUUUGGGGGCUGGUGGGGAGGGGAGGGGCUGGAUGAGGGGGAAUCAGGGGGAGUUUCAGAUUGUUGAUGUUUUUGCUAGUAAGAAGGAUGGGCCGCUGGUGCAGUUUCGGAGGAGGAGGGAUGCAGAGGGGAAGGUGUAGGUAGUGGGUAGGUUGGUUGGAGAGGGGAAGGGGAUCCGCUAG